AUGUCGCUGGAACAACAGACGGCUUCCAAGAGAGAAUUGGAAAAGUUUGUGCUGGAGUUACUGGAUCAGCCUGGCUGUGAUGGUCAUGCUUCGGGCUACCUGGAGAGGGUUUCGGCACUACUUCCCGAGUCCGGCCUGAGGCCAGGAACCUCCAGUCUCCUCCAGUCCAGCUACCUCCAGUCUCCUCCAGUCCAGCUACCUCCAGUCUCCUCCAGUCCAGCUACCUCCAGUCUCCUCCAGUCCAGCUACCUCCAGUCUCCUCCAGUCCAGCUACCUCCAGUCUCCUCCAGUCCAGCUACCUCCAGUCUCCUCCAGUCCAGCUACCUCCAGUCUCCUCCAGUCCAGCUACCUCCAGUCUCCUCCAGUCCAGCUACCUCCAGUCUCCUCCAGUCCAGCUACCUCCAGUCUCCUCCAGUCCAGCUACCUCCAGUCUCCUCCAGUCCAGCUACCUCCAGUCUCCUCCAGUCCAGCUACCUCCAGUCUCCUCCAGUCCAGCUACCUCCAGUCUCCUCCAGUCCAGCUACCUCCAGUCUCACAAUAAUCCCCGCCUUCUAG